AUGGCAUCAUUGACAGUGAAAGGCGUGGAAGGUCGUCUGGUCACAGUUCCAACGGGCCUAUUCAUUCAUAAUGAAUUUGUACCGUCGUUAAGUGGCAAGACACUGGAUGUAGAAAACCCCUCAACUGGUGAAAAGUUGGGAAUUAUUUCUGCCGCCACUGCGGAUGACAUUGAUAGAGCUGUCAAAUCAGCCAAGGCCGGCUUUGAAACAUGGAAGACGGUUCCUGGAUCCGCAAAAGCCAAGCUCCUUAUCAAGCUUGCCGAUUUAAUACAACGCGAUACUCAUGAUCUGGCAUCUCUGGAGGCGGUCGACGCCGGUACUCUAUACACGGACUCCGUGGGACUCAAUGUACCACAAGCCAUCGGAUGUCUGCGGUAUUACGCCGGCUGGGCUGACAAAAUCGAUGGAAAGACGCUUGAUAUGGACGGCGGCAUUGCUUAUACUCAUAGAGAGCCCCUUGGUGUCUGCGGUGCCAUUGUUCCGUGGAAUUCCCCAUUGAUGAUCACGAUUUGGAAGCUGGCCCCAGCAUUGGUGACCGGUAAUUCCCUGAUUAUCAAGUCAUCGGAACUAUCUCCGCUGUAUGCGCAAAGAUUGGCGGAAUUGGUUAAGGAAGCAGGCAUCCCCGCAGGAGUAGUGAACAUUGUGACCGGCGAAGGCAGCAGUGCGGGUCAAGCCCUGUCAGAACACAUGGAAGUCCGCAAGAUCGCUUUCACUGGAAGUGAUAUCGCCGGCCGGAAAAUACUUCAGGCUGCAUCUCGAACCAACUUGAAAAAAGUAAGCCUGGAACUUGGAGGGAAAGGUCCGUCCAUCGUAUUUGACGAUUGCGACCUCGAGAAUGCAUUGCUCUGGACACGCAUUGGAAUUACAGCAAAUAAUGGUCAGAUUUGUGCUGCCGGGUCUCGCAUCUAUGUUCAGGCCUCAGUCUACGAUCGGUUCGUUGAAGCAUACAGAAAUGCUUCUGUCAGCGCGCCAACCGUCGCGGGUGACCCGUUAGACACCUCAACCACCAAGGGUCCAGUCGUGAGUCAGGCUCAGCAUCAAAAGAUUCUUGACUAUAUUCGACAGGGCAAAGAAUCCGGUGCCCGACUUUUGUUUGGUGGUGAACCUAUUGGCGAUAAGGGCUAUUUUGUGCAGAACACAGCAUUUGCGGAUGUGGCCGACGACGCGACGAUCAUGCGUGAGGAAAUCUUCGGUCCUGUGGCGAGCAUUGCCAAAUUUUCCACCGAAGAGGAAGUCAUCGCAAAAGCAAAUAACUCUCAUCACGGCUUGAGUGCUGCUAUUUUUACUAACGAUGUGAACAGGUCGCAUCGAGUGACCAAGGAGCUUGAGUCCGGCCAGGUUACUGUAAAUGCCUGGGCAAUGCUCGCUCCCAACGUUCCGUUCGGUGGGGUGAAGGAGAGCGGAUUUGGAAGAGAUAUGGGAGAAGAAGCCUUGGAGGGGUGGACAACGGUGAAAGCAGUCAAGUACCAUAUUCUUCCGCGACUCUGA